UUUAACGAAUAAUUUAAGUUUAUAGAGAGAAUUUUUAAGUUAAAAAAAAAUAAUUAUUAUCAAAUUGAAGUAGAAAAACCCAGGAGAAGAGUUUAAGUGAAGAAAACAAGUUUAACAAGCUGACUAAGUGCAAUGACGUCAAGGAAGUCGACUGUUUUUCUAGUCUACCUGUUCUAGUCAGGAACUCGACAUUGACUUUCACUGCCAACCAUGCUCACUCUGCUCUUUUCCAAUAUCCUAUUUGUCCUUGUUGCAGGACAAUACCCUGCUGAUACUUAUAUUCCGAGUGUUUCUCGAGAUUGUUUACAGUGCAUAUGCAAGGCAAGUACCGGAUGCGAUCUUAACAUAGGAUGUCACAAUACCGGUUCCGGAGGAUAUUUUUGCGGUCCAUAUUUAAUAUCGUGGGCGUUUUGGGCCGAAGGUGGUAGAAUAGGUGAAAAUCCACGAAAACGAAGCGGUUUCGAGAAUUGCGCUAAGGACAAAGAAUGCUCAGAGAAGACCAUUCAUGGUUACAUGAAUAAACACGCUCGCGACUGCGAUAACGAUAACGAUAUCGAUUGUUACGACAUUGCCAGUAUACAUAAAGCUGGCCAUUACGGAUGCAAUGCCACAUGGUUCAAGAAUACCGAUUAUUGGAAAACAUUGGAGAAAUGUUACGAACCAAUUGCUCAUUAAUUAUUUGUAAUUGUUUUUUAUAAGCAUUCAUAACUAACAUUACAUUUUAUGUUUUUAAACAUAAUUUAAAAAUAGUCGAACCUGCGAACGACGGCCACUGAUAAAACAUAAAAAUAUGGCCGUUGUUUAAAGGUUAUUUCGAACAGGAACGUUCCUCAAGAAAUGGUUGUUGUUGGGGUGGCCGUUAUUGCAGGUUCGACUGUAUUUUAAUUAAUAGUCAAAUUUGCAUACUUAUUUAAUAACAAUUUUUUUAUAACUUAGAACGUAACAUUUUUGUGGUUAUGAAAGUACAUAGAAACAUAUAAAAAAUAUAUGAAUUAAUUUGAAUUUCUGUAGUAUUUUAGCAUAAAUGAAUAGAACUACGUUUAAGAAUAUUAAAAUGAUUAAGUAUACGUUUGAAAUAUUUUUCCAACGCCUAAAGCAUUAUAUUGUUAAUAUAAUUGAGUAUUCAUGUAUGAGGUUCUUCAGAAAGCGCCGUGGAUUUCUAUAGAGUUUCUAUAAACCUAUCACGAGCAUCGUAAUGUUGAAACAUGGUAAACUGUUGCGCAACAUUUCGACUUAAAUUUUACAAAUUUAAAGCUAUUUUAAUAAUUUUUAUACAUUUUUCUCCGUCAUCAUCCGCAAUACAUAUUUCGAGCCGAUUUUUCCAUUCCAAAGAUGCCGCGAAUCCGUGACCAAUCGCGAAGCUUCGCUACAGUUUAGGUAAUGAAGAAAUUCAACUUCGCAGUGACAGUUUAUUCUUCAAAUGACUUCAAAAUAAAUAAGUACAGAGAAAUCAUCCGGAAUUAAGUUUUUAAAUGCCAUUUACGGCACCCUCUUAUCACUUUUCUAAAGUUAACAAAGUUUAUAUUUGCGCCUCGACUUUAUAAUCACCUGCUUUAAUCUUCUUACAGUGAAGUUAGAAUUAAUAAAUUAAUACCGUGUAAAUCAGUAUUUAUGAUACUGAUUAAAGAAGAAAAUAGUAUUAUCAAUAUUGAAAUUAAGUACUUCGUAGAGUUGGUUAUAAUUUCGAGAGUGCCAACUAUCAUAAUUAAUUUUCACAUGUGUUCAUUAUUAUAAAUCGUGUAUGAUAUUUCCCGUGGACAUCCAAAGAGUUACGUUUAAAUUCAUUAAAACAUUUAUAAAUGAAAUACAGUGUAACAUUACCGGAUAAAUAAUGAUUUUAAAUUAUUCAAA